UUUAUGGUCAUUAAAAUUGAACCCAAAUCGAAACGUUGUUUCCAGUAUUGGCUGACUCUUGACAUUCAUUUUCUGUCUCUCUCUCUCUCUCUGCCUUAAAUUGAAAGCUUAAAAAUAUCGAGCUUCAAAACUAUGGCUGCCUGACUCAUUUUCUUCACCGCUGAAUUCUCAACCAUGACUUCCAUCACUUCCAACGAAUUGAACUUUUUGAUUUUUCGUUAUCUUCAAGAAUCAGGGUUUGCGCACUCUGCGUUUUCUUUAGGUUAUGAGGCCGGCAUUAAUAAGUGCCCCCUUGAUGGCAAUUUGGUUCCUCCAGGUGCUCUUAUUACUCUCGUGCAGAAAGGGCUUCAGUAUUUGGAAAUGGAAGCGAACAUGAGUAUUAGUGAUGCGGAUAUUGAUGAAGAUUUCUCAUUUAUUCAGCCUAUUGAUCUUAUCACUAAAGAUGUGAAUGAGUUGAGGCGGAUGGUUAGAGAGAAGCGAAGAAGUUCAAGGAAGGAUAGGGAAAAGGAAUCUGAAAAGGAGCAUAGAGAUCGGAAGCGUGGAAGAGAUGGUAGGGGUAUUGAUAGGGAGAAAGAUAAUGUUAAGGAUGGAGAAGGAAAAGAGAAGGAUGCCAAAGCUGGGAGAGAGAAGAUUGAAAAAUCUGGAAGAGAGAAGGAUGAGAGAAUUGGAAAAGAGAAGGAUGAGAGAGUUGGAAUAGAGAAGGAUGAAAGAACUGUAAGAGAGAAGGAAGAAAAGGCUGGAAAAGAGAAAGAAGAAAAAUUUGGGAAAGAGAGGGAAGAAAAAGCUGGGAGAGAGAAGGAAGAAAAGGCUAGAAAAGAAAGGGAUGAAAAAAUCAGUAAAGAUAGGGAAGAAAAAACUGGGAGAGAGAAGGAAGAAAAGGUUGGAAAAGAAAGGGAAGAAAAAAUCAGUAAAGAAAGGGAUGAAAAAAUCAGUAAAGAAAGGGAAGAGAAAGCCGGGAAAGAAAGGGAUGAUAAAAAUGGGAAAGAAAAGGAAGAUAAAGCUGGGAAAGAAAGGCAGGACAAAAUUCAGCUACAAGAUGGCCCCGUUGACAAAGAAACUGGUGUUCAGCAAGAGGAGAAGUCUGUCUUAAAAAAUGAAGACAAUCGAGUUUGUCCUGAACCUGAGCCAAUGGAUAUAUGCCCGUCAACACUUUCUGUGGAAUGUGAAAUUUCUACUUCUGAUGUGACAAUUUUGGAAGGACAUACAUCUGAGGUUUGCGCUUGUGCAUGGAGUCCUUCUGGGUCACUUCUUGCAUCUGGUUCUGGCGAUUCAACAGCUCGGAUCUGGACAAUCUCUGAUAAAGGUUCUAGAUCACAAAAUGUUUCUGCCAAUGUUGUGGUGUUGAAGCAUGUUAAGGGGAAAACGAAUGAGAAAAGCAAAGAUGUUACUACCCUUGAUUGGAAUGGGGAAGGUACACUUCUUGCAACAGGAUCUUAUGAUGGCCAAGCAAGAAUUUGGAACACUAAUGGUGACUUGAAGAUUACUUUAACUAAACACAAGGGGCCUAUAUUUUCUUUGAAAUGGAACAAGAAGGGUGAUUAUCUUCUUACAGGUAGCUGUGAUAAAACAGCCAUUGUGUGGGAUGUGAAAGCAGAAGAACCAAAGCAACAGUUCGAGUUUCAUUCAGGUCCAACAUUGGAUGUUGACUGGCGGAACAAUAGUUCUUUUGCAACAAGUUCCACUGAUAACAUGAUAUAUGUGUGCAAUGUUGGCGAGGCCUGCCCUGUAAAAACCUUUGCGGGACACCAGGGUGAAGUUAACUGUGUCAAAUGGGACCCAACUGGGACAUUAUUGGCCUCUUGUUCGGAUGAUAGCACAGCAAAGGUAUGGAGCAUGAAGCAGAAUACUUUUGUCCAUGAUCUAAAAGAUCAUUCGAAGGAGAUAUACACUAUUAGGUGGAGCCCUACUGGUUCAGGCACAAACAACCCAAAUCAGCAAUUGCUUCUGGCCAGUGCUUCUUUUGACUCCACUGUGAAAAUAUGGGAUGUUGGGCUAGGGAAAGUACUGCACAGCUUGAAUGGUCACAGGGAAGCUGUGUACUCUGUUGCAUUCAGUCCUAAUGGUGAAUAUUUAGCUAGCGGAUCUUUGGAUAGAUCCUUGCAUGUGUGGUCUCUUAGGGAAGGAAAAAUUGUGAAGACGUACUCUGGUAAUGGGGGCAUAUUCGAAGUUUGUUGGAAUAAAGAAGGCGACAAAAUCGCCGCAUGUUUUGCCAACAAUACUGUAUGUGUUCUAGAUUUCAGAAUGUGGCGGUAACAGUGAGGAUAUUUACAGGAACUAGAAGUUCCAGGUUUUAGCCUUUGUCCUGGAUUAGAAUGUAAUUUGAGUUAUUUUAUUAUUUGGGUUAUUAGGAUUAGCUUGCAUAUUAGGGGAGUAGAUCUUCUUGUUUGUUCAGUGUAUGUUGUCGACACUCAACCGUAAUUUAAUUAUUUGUACAGAUUACAUUUUUGUUGGAGCUCUGGUCCUCCGUAUCCUAAUACUCUGAUUUCUGUCC